AUGGGUAAAAGAAAAACCGCCAGAAAACCAGUUAAAAAAAUCAAGCAAACCUUGGACAUUACCUUCACUUGUCUCUUUUGUAAUCAUGAAAAGUCAGUUAUUUGUACAUUAGACAAAAAGAACUCAUUAGGUGAAUUACACUGUAAGAUUUGCGGACAAAGUUUCCAAAGUGCUAUACACUCAUUAUCCCAACCUGUUGAUAUCUAUUCGGAUUGGAUUGAUGCUUGUGAAGACUUGGCUGAAGAAGCUGAAGCAAAAGGUGGUAUUAUUGAUGAUGGAGAAGACCAAAAAGAAUAUAGUGAUGAUGAGUAUAACACUGGUGCUAGUAAUAGAAAAGAAAAAGAUCCAGUUUUAGACUCUGAUGAUGAUGAUUAUUGA